GAGAUGCCAACAAAUGUUGAUAUUUUAAACAUAUUUCAGAGAACAUGGGUUUUAGCGAAUCCCAGAGGAUCGAAAAUGCUGGCGUGUGCGCAUGUCAAAUGGCUCUUCAACUUGUGGGUAGGUAAUCGUUGAAUCUUCCAUCGGCUCUCAUGCAGCAAAGCGCAGCGAUGGUUGCUAUCAACCGUGGUUGCUAUCGGAGUGGAAAAAUAAUUUCCGUAAUUCUUUUCAUUGUGUGUUCUAGGCUUGUGAACAGUGACAAGACUAUACACGCAAAAAUCUGACAUCUUGUAGCAAGUCUGCCAACAAGCCGUCAACAAGUUGUGUUCGCACUGCUUGUCCCAAGUUGACAACAAGUUUGGAACAAGCUGUUAACAAUUUGUAACAACCUUGUUGAUAUUAUCAGACUUGUUGCAAGGUGGUCUAACAAGUCUGAUACAGUCAUGAUAUAACAGUACUGUUACAACCUUGUGUCGUCAACCUUGUAACAUUCUUGUUAUAUCAUGACUGUAUCAGAUUUGUUAGAACAACCUUGUAACAAGUAUGAUAAUGCCAUCAAGCUUGUUACAAGUUGGUAACAGCUUAUUCCAAACUUGUUGCAACAACUGGGAACAAGCAGUGCGAACACAACUUGUUGACAGCUUGUGAACGUAUUUGUAAAAUAAUAAUAAUAAUAAUAAUAAUAAUAAUAAUAAUAAUAAUAAUAAUGUAACAACUUGUUUGCAGACCUGUAACAACUUGUGCGUUUUUACGUGUGUAUCUAUUAUGACGAUAACAGACUUGCUACAAGUUGUUCCAACAAGACUAAUACAGGCUGUUCGUAACAAGUUGCUACGAGCUUAUUGUCAUCAACUUGUUAACAACUUGUUACGUGCAGACGAUAUCAGACUUGUUGGAACAACUUGUUGCGAGUCUGUUGGCCUCAUCAACCUUGUUGCAAGAUGAUAACAACUUGUUCCAGACUUGUCAACAACUGGGAACAAGCAGUGCGAACACAUCCUGUUGACAAGUCGGGAGAUUUUUACGCAGCUGUAUAAUUUAACAGCAUAUACCGCUACUUUUUGUAGACACAAAUUUUAAUCUUAGUAUUUAUAUUUAUUUUCUUAGGUGGGAGUAACCGUCUUACCCGAAGAAAUGCUCAUCAAGUACCGCAUGUCGUGAUCUUGGCUGGACCUAAUAAUGUCGGUAUUCAAGCGAUUUGCGCAGCCAGACAUCUAGCCAAUCAUAAGGUAUGUUUAUUUUAGCCGUCUUGUAUCGAACACAAUUUUUGUAGUGUGUUAAUAAGGGUAUAGAAAAAUUAUCGGACCGCGGGACCAUUUGUUCCCAGAAAUUUGAAUGGAAAUAGAGGAGAAUGAAAGAGGAAAAUGUAAAGGCACUUGAUGUUUUCAUCGGCAGAAUUCCAUACGACCGAACCCUAAAAUUUACUAUUACAGGUAAACUACGUGAAGCGUUCCUCUUUUGACUUGCGGGACAAAAUACGACUACCAUGCAUAGAUGCCGUCUUAGGGACUGGUCAUUAUUUAUGGCGGGGGGCACCGAAGAGAAAUGUUUUUCGUGGCAAAAAUUUUGCUGACCCAACCAUUAAAAAGUCAAAAAUUUGAUUACCCAACCUCAAAUAUCAAGUAAAAAAUAAAUACUCACCCCUGGCCAAAAUUAAACUUUGCAAAAGGUUACUAUUCAGUUGCCACAUAUGUCCUUUACCCGAUAUCUGUGACAGGAGUUUGAUAACUGCUUGUGAAAUUUGCUGCAGUCUAAUGUAUCAUGUUGUCUGCACAUGUUCUUUCUUUGGAGACACCAUUUGUCUUCUAACAAAUUGGAAAAUGAUCAAGACAGUGACUGAUUGAUUCACAUAUUGUAUUGACAUAUGACUAUAACUUUUUAUUACCCAACCGUUGAGUUGUUUUGUUUUUCAUUUACCCAACCUUUUACUCACUCGAAAUUUAGUUUACCCAACCAUUUUCUCUUCGGUGCCACCCCCCCCCCCCGCCAUAAAUAAUGGCCGGUCCCUUAUUAGUAUUCGUUACAUAAAGUAUUCUAAUGAAGAUGAGUUUUAUCAGGUAUAAAGCCUCUUCACGUGACAUAUUAUGGCUGACAUGAUAUGCCAAUAAGCUUAUGAAUUAUUAAUGAGUGUUCAAUAAUCACCAUGUAUAGUAUUAAGUACUGUUUAAUAAAUGAGCAGGAGUGUUUUAUUAGGUUUAAAGCCACGAGCGCGCAGCGCGAGUGGCUUUAGACCUAAUAAAACACGACCUGCGAGUUUAUUAAACGGCUUCAAACACGACUACAAAUUCAAUAGAUAUACUGCCUACCCUUAUUAGUAUUCUUUAUAUAAAGAAUACUAAUGAGGACACGACUACAAUAGAUACUGCCUUAUUAGUAUUCAUUAUAUAAAGAAUACUAAUUAGGAGUGUUUUAUCAGGUUUAAAGCCACUGCACGUGACAUAUUAUGGUUCACAUGAUUUGCCAAUAAGCUUAUCAAUUAUUAAUGAGUGUUUGAAUGCUUAUUUAUACUAGUCGAAUUGGUUUUCUUUUAUGUACCGCAGGACGUGUACAGGUUAUAUAUAAUCCGUGAAGAAAUAAUUAGAUUAAAGUUGUAUAUCCCCUUUCUCUGUUUAUAACCUAUAUAUAAUCCAUCUUUUUUAAAAUAUCUAACUUAACGUAAUGUCAAAAUUUAAAUAAUAGGCCAACACUUUUUUUAAAUCAACACCGUCAUAAAAAUGUAAUCAACAUGGUUCUAAUUCCAACAUAGAUUUUAUCUCUUUACUGUAUAUUAUUUCUGGGGGGCAGUAUCCUUACCCAUUCAUUCCAUACUUCAUGUCGUUUGGUUUCCAUUUUUUAGAUACAAUAUUUCUCUGUCGAUUUUUACCAUUUAUGUUAUUGGUUUCUGCUUCAUUUAGCUUUCCCGUAUAGUCCAUUAUAAAUAACCCGCUAUUUUUACCACCCUUAUUGCAAGCUUUGUGAAGCAAGAAUCGCAGAUCAACCAACUGUUCCGGUCGUAAGGCAGUCGGAUUAUAAUUACUCAUUCCGCACAUAACAUCGCGCGCAAACUCCAUUCUCUUACAAUGUGACUUGCUCCCUGUCCAUCUGUCUUUGAUACCACCCGAUGCUUUUCCGACAUAUACUUGCGUUCUGAAGUCUUCUUCCUCCUCCUCCUCCUCCUCCUCCUCCUCCUCCUCCUCCUCUUUCUCCUUCUCGAUAUCGAAGUCGUCUUCCUCAAGUACUGCCCAGUAAAGAUGCUCUCCAUUGGGAAAGCUUCUACUAUCACAUAGCUUUGAAUUUUUCGUAAUAUAAUCUUUCAGCUUCUCGUUUGAUAUCCAGUCUAUGUUAACAUUUGUCGCAGUCACUUUAAAUGCAUUAUUAUUCCAUUCCCAUUUCGUCCACGUAACCUGGCUGACCUGCUUUUUGCUGCCCUUUUUGCUGAUGUUCGCUGACGUCUCUGUGCGGACAUAAACAGGGGGACAAAGUUCUUUGUAAGUGAAACGGCGAAUUUCAAACAAUUGUGGCCGUGCGUGGUAGAGCCUAGAAAUCACGUGUGCUCUUCUUGUGUUGUACGUCAUAACGUUUUCACCUCCGGCGUCGACUAUGUCCUUACAAAAUCUAUAGAAACUAAACUGAUAAGGAUCUCCGGUUGCUGUGUGCCAUUCCAGUUCGUACUGUUUUUCAAAAAGGUUUUGCACCUUCGCUUUAGUCGCAUCUCCUUUGGCUACGAGGAUGCUGGCGAGGUCUCGCGGAGAUUUGUAUUGUCGAACAGGAAAAUUAGCGGCAUUUACACUAUUUGUUUCCAAUUUUUCUCUUAAGGCAUUGUAGAAUUCGUCAGUUAAAGGGAGUGGUAUUUCCAAUAGAGAUGACCUGCCAAGUGCUCUCACUGCAUUUCUGUGUAUUCGUAAACGACGUAAAUCUUGGACAAGUUUCGAAAUAUGUGAUGCUUCAUUUCCGUCUACAUUUUGUGCCAUUUUGAGAACUAUAUCUGCCGAUAGAUACUCUCAAAGAGAUUAGCAACACCGAAUGAACGCAUCAAGCUUUGAAAAAUGUACAUAUAAACAUUUAAAACCUUAUACAACUGCUUUGUGUAUAUAGCCAACCGUCCAAUAAACACUCGAAGUUAGAGCGUUGUUUACACAGGUGAAUAGACAUGGACGCAAACUGUUAUCAGGAAUCAUAGUAACGAAAACAGUUUGUUCACCUAAGCGUCCAAAAAUAAGCUUCUGAAGAAGUUUCUUAUACAUUGAAAAUAUAAGUAUUUCAAUGCCAAUUUUAAAUCAUCCUAUGCCAAACACGCAGCAAAUUAGGUUAUCGUAUAUGAAGGGUGGGGUCCCGUUUUCUCCAAUAUGAAAAAUAUUAAAAUCAAAUCGAACCCCAUAGGGUUCUGUUGAACCUCAUAACUUUGCCAAAAUCUGGACAAACAAUUUUAGAUUGAGAUUUAAAUAAAGAAACACAGCGCUUCCGUCUCUUUCGUAUGUUUCUACGAAACCUUAAUUAUAUGCCCACCCUUCGUCUGGUGGCACAUACGCUUGGGGAGUUUUAUAACGAAGCGUUUCGUGAAAUCCCAUAAUUUGGCCAAUCUUUAGUUUUUGCAGCUAUAUAUCAUGAUCAAAUAAAUUUUAUCGUAUCCUGAAAGGGCUAACUUAAAUUUUGAUAUAUUACAACAAAGAUUUUUAUGCAGUAUUAACUGAGACAUCAAUGUUUUAAAUCGAACAAGCAUUAUUAACAAAUUUAAAAAUGUCCAUAAAAUGGCCUAUUAAACUAAUUUCAGUACAGUUGCCAUUCGCUGAUGAUUAUUGGGUAUUUCAUUGAAGCCAACUAAAUCAUUUCCCAUUGAGUUUUCAAUUUUGCAGCCUCGCAAGCCAUAGUCUUUACAGUUUUGUUGAUAUUUCUUAACUUUGGGAAAUUAAAGCACAAACAAAUGACAAACAUGCACCUAAGAAACAUAUAAGACAAUAUCGUGACUUGAAGCUUUCGCAUUAACAAACUAUCGAAUUGGCAGUAAACACUCUGCAUGUCACCAAAAAGAGGCAAUGGACUUUAGGACAAGCUUUUUUUUCAGUUGAUGAAAUAUUACCACAACUAAAGCGAUAGCAAGCUUAUCCAUGCAGGUUCAACUUAAUAGGCCAUUUUAUAGCAUUGUCAAAAAUGCUUGUUCGAUCACAGGCGGUCCAAUCUCACAAGGGUUAGUAUAGUAAUGUAUAUUAUAGUAAAAAUAUGUCAUAAAAUAUAAAUUUUAAAAUGAAAUUUACUUGCCUAUUUGAUAGUGUGUGUUCUCUUUUUAUUCCUCCUUUGUUGGACUAAUAUUUUCCGAGACUUUGCACCAGUGGCGGACAUUUUAUGAAAUAUUCGGGAGGGCUCCGCUCGUGCUUUCGGCACGAGAAUUCUAAAGACGUCCGGGGGCAUGCCCCCCUCCCCGGGAAAAUUUUUAAAAUUUGAAUCCCGGAAAUGGCAUUUGCAGCAUUCUGAGAACAUAUUUUGUAAAAAGCUUUAGGUUUUUAAAAUACUGUGUUGAUGGUGCAUUUUGAUAUAAAUCAUAUGUUACGCAUAAAAACGAACAUUUCAGAGAAAACAUUAUUAUUUAGAUUUGGGAAUGGAAUUGCAAGGUGGUUUAAUUUAACACGCAAAUUUCAGUCAGUGAAAUUUACUAGUUGAGUCGGUUCUCUUUGAUGUACCGCGGGAUAUAUACAGGUUAUAACACGUGAAUAAAUAAUUAGAUUAAAGUUUAUACCCCCUUUCUCGGUUUAUAACCUAUACAUAAUACAUCUUUUUUAAAAUAUCUAUUUUAUCCUGGUGUCAAGCUUUAGAUAAUAGGCCAACACUUCUUUUAAAUCAACACCGUCUUAUUUUUAUCUCGUUAGAUUAUUUCUUGGGAGCAGUGUCCCUUAUACCCAUUGUAAAUAGAUUAAUUAACGUCCAUUCAUUCCAUACUUCAUGUUUUUUGGUUUCCAAUGAUUAGACACAAUAUUCUCCUCACCAUUAAUUGUUUUACCUUUUAUGUUGUUUCGUUCUGCUGUAUCCAGGUCUCCCUCAUAGUGCAUUAUAAAUAACCCGCUAUUUUUACCACCCUUAUUACAAGCUUUGUGAAGCAAGAAUCGUAGAUCAACCAACUGUUCCGGUCGUAGGGCGGUCGGAUUAUAAUUUACCAUUCCGCACAUAACAUCGCGCGCGAACUCCAUUCUCUUACAAUGUGACUUGCUUCCUGUCACCCAUCUGUUUUUGAUACCCUUCUUUGCCCUUCCGACAUAUACUUGUGUUCCGAAAUCCUCGUCCUCGUCCUCGUCCUCCCCCUCGUCCCCCCCUUCGUCCUCCCCCUCGUCCUCCACCUCGUCCUCCCCCUCGUCAUCAUCCUCAUCGUCCUCAUCCUCGUUAUCGAAGUCGUCUUCCUCAAGUACUGCCCAGUAAAGUUGGCUUUCAUUGGGAAAACUUCCACUAUCAUGUAUCUUUGAAUUUUGCGUAAUAUAUGUUUUUAGCUGAUCGUUUGAUAUCCAGUCUAUGUGAACAUUUUUGUUAUUCGAUGUAAAUGCAUUAUUAUCCCAUUUCCAUUUUCUCCAAGUUACCCGGUAACUCCGGCCCUUUCCUUUGCCACCCUUUCCUUUGCUGCUCUUUUUGUUUAUUUGCGUUCUCGUGCGGACAUAAACAGGGGGACAAAGUUUCUUGAAAGUCAGACGACGAAUUUCAAGCAAUUGUUGCUGUGCGUAGUAGAGCCUUGAAAUCACGUGUGCCCUUCUUGUUUGAUACGUCCUAACGUUAUUGGUAUUAGCUGGAUCUAUGUCUUUACAAAAUCCAUAGAAACUAAACUGAUCAGGAUCCCCGGUUGCUGUGUGCCAUUUCAAUUCGUACUGUUUUUCAAAAAGUUUUUGCACUGUUGCUUUAGUCGCAUCUCCUUUUUCCACGAGGAUGCUGGCAAGGUCUCGCGGAGAUCUGUAGUGUUGUAGGGUUGGAGUAUCAGUAUAAACAUUUGUUUCCAAUUUUUCUUUGAAAUCAUCGUAGAAUUCGUCAGUUAAAUUAAAUGGCAUUUCCAAUAGAUACGUGCUGUCAAGUACUCUCCCUGCAUUUCUUUUUAUUCUUAAAUGUCGUAAAUCUUGGGUAAUUUCCAAAAUAUGUGCUUCAUUUUGCGCCAUUUUGCGGACUAAAUCUGCCGAUAGAUAUCCUCAAAGAGACUACCAACACCGAAUGAACGCAUCAAGCUUUGAAAAAUGUACAUAUAAACAUUUAAAACCUCAUACACCUGCUCUAUUUAUAUAGCCAACCGUCCAAUAAAACUCGAAGUUAGAGCGUUGUUUAUACAUAGGUGCACGGAUGGACGCAAACUGUUAUCAGGAACCACAGUAACAGCUCUAUGUAUAUAGCCAACCGUCCAAUAAAAACUCAAAGUUUGAGCGUUGUUUACGCGGAUUGGCGCAAACUAUUAUCAGGCACCAUAGUAACGGCUUUAUGUAUAUAGCCAAUCGUCCAAUAAAAACUGCAAAUUUCACCGCCUUUGUCAGAAGCUAAAUAUUAUAAUUUAAUAUUUUAAUAAAGUUUCUAGAAUUUUUUAUUAAAUUUAUAAUUUCCUUGUAGUCGUGUUAUAUAACCUGUUUGCUAUAUCUAUAUGAUUCGUCUGCCGAGUAGACUGUUCACAGUUGUUGGAUAUAUACAUAUAUUGGUUUCUUACUGGACCUCUAGGAAGAACAGUUUAGAACUGAUAGAGCUAUCCAGUAUAAAUAAAGUUAGUUUAGUUUAGGUUUCAUUCUGUAGUAACACUGGACCAACAAGAGAUGAUCCUUACAGGACCUCUAGGAAGAACAGUUUAGAACUGAUAGAGCUAUCCAGUAUAAAUAAAGUUAGUUUAGUUUAGGUUUCCUCCUGUAGUAAUACUGGAUCAAUAAGAGAUGACUCUUAUAACUGGACCUCUAGGGAGAACAAUUUAGAACUGAUAGAGCUAUCCAGUAUAAAUAAAGUUAGUUUAGUUUAGGUUCCUCCUGUAGUAACACUGGAUCGAUAAGAGAUGACCCUUACAGGACCUCUAGGAAGAACAGUUUAAAACUGAUAGAGCUAUAUCCAGUAUAAAUAAAGUUAGUUUAGUUUAGGUUUUCUCCUGUAGUAACACUGGAUCAAUAAGAGAUGACUCUUACUGGACCUCAAGGAAGAAUAAUUUAGAACUGAUAGAGCUAUCCAGUAUAAAUAAAGUUAGUUUAGUUUAGGUUUUCUCCUGUAGUAACACUGGAUCAAUAAGAGAUGACUCUUACUGGACCUCAAGGAGGAAUAAUUUAGAACUGAUAGAACUAUCCGAAAUAAGUAAAGUGGUCUUCAUGAAUCUAAUGAUAAUUUUAGGUUCAAGUAACCUUGUCAGUCCCAGUAAAAACGGAGGUAUGUGUGGCAUAUUCCUAUACACCCCCUUUGUUCUGGAAUUACACUGUUUGUUUUUUGUUCUAAAGUUCCAAAUGUUUUUCUGUGGUACCUGCAGUAAUUUCACCUCGUUUAAGUAUAUUCUUAUUUUCCUAACUGUUUUUUUCAGAUUCUUGUCCAACAUCUUGCGUUGUUCUUUCAUACUGGUUCAAAACUUAUUUCAAACGUCGCAGGUAGGGUAUACAACCUUCAUUAAACCUCUGAAUUUUGUUCGUUGUUCGUUGAAAUAAAUAAUGCUUAUAGAUAAAAGUGUACGAUAGCGUAAAGCCUGCUUCACACUGGUCGUAAUUCAUUUGCGAUCCAUUGUAUUCUUUUCCGACACACAAAGCAUUUUACACACCAAUGAUCACAGACAAUGGAAAUCCCCGAUUCUUACGACCAGUGUGAACCAGGCAUAAACCUCUUUCGAAGAACUCUGAGAAUGCGCAUACUUUCGCCAACAAAUUAAUUUAUCUAUCAUUCAUAAAUUAUACAUUGUUACUAAUUACGUAUUCAGUUUAUUUUGCUUGGCAAAGCAAGACAAAUGUUUGCUGAUUUCUCAUCUAAUAUAAUAGACCUAUUCCCUAAUGAACAAAAUUUUGAUCGAAACAAGUCUAGACAAAAAUUUCAUCACAGCUUGAAAGAGCAUCACAAAAUUAGUAAUAUUCCCAAGUUUCGUUGCGAAAUGUUGUAAAAUGCGGAUAAUAUAUCACUGCGAAGUUUGCCGUUUUUCAGUCAUUAUAUAGAGAGUUUUAGCUUGACGUUUAACGUCAAACGUCAAACCGCUAACGAAGUUUUUGAUUUUACAACUCUAUUAUAACAGCUUUUACACCAAUUUAGAAAUAUAAACAAAAAUUAAACUUGUGCUUUUUAGCAAUGAUUUAAAAGAAAGCAAAUUAACCACUAGUCACGUAUUCCCGAAAGCAGUAAAUUAAGAUUUGGCGUUUGAAGUUGACGUUUGGCGUAUAAAUUUCAUGCUUGAACUGCUAUGAGGGCUUGUGUAGUCGUUAAAGCAUGAAAUUUAUACGCCAAACGUAAACUUCAAACGCCAAAUCAUAUUUUACUGCUUUCGCGAAUACGUGACUAGUGGUUAAUUUGCUUUCUUUUAAAUCAUUGCUAAAGAGCACAAGUUUAAUAAUUGUUUAUAUUUCAAAAUUGGUGUUAAAGCUGUUAUAAUAGAGUUGUAAAAUCAAAAACUUCGUUAGCGGUUUGACGUUUGCCAUAAACGUCAAGCUAAAACUCUGUAUUUUGUAUUACGCGCGGGAAAUUGAUACCUUUUUUCAGAAAGCGGUAUCAAUUUCCCGUGCGCGUAAUGCAAAAUGACUGAAAAAUGGCAACAGACUACAGAAACAGAAAUGGGAAGGUUCUUGUAUUUUCACUAUAAGUUCUGUCGGGCUGACAAACAACGGCACACACAGACACAUUCGUAGUGUCAUCAUGUAAACGCAUCGUCAUUCAUUUUCAGAUCUUCCUAAUGAGCCCGUAGAUCUCGUCAUUCACGCGCUGUUUUCACCGGAAGAGGAAUCCACCAAUCAAAUGUCACCCCAGCUGACGUCAGUCAAUCAAUGGGCCAAUGACAAUAAAGCACCGGUCUUGUUACUAGACCCUUGCUCUCGAUCAAGAAUGCUGGGUGGGUAUCGUUUGUAAACGUAGGGCCACAGUUUAGACAGUUUUCUUCAACGAGCUGCUUCUAUGAUAGCAGGCUUGCCCGAUUUUAGGAGCCGCCUGUCAUGCAGGCUACUUCUGUGACAGUUGAGUUAACUCUCGUGUAAACUCUCGCAUCCUUAUUUUACCAACACUAUCGCAAUGGCGGACAAACUUCGCAAAAUUUUUUGGGGGGGGAGGGGGGGGGAUUUAGGUUGCCAACAUAUGACCUUUGUUCCUUAAAUUUUUUGCCUUAAAUUUUUUUAAAUAUUUAGCUUAAUUUAUAGCCACCAAUGCUUUUGUGUUUGAAAAAAAUUAUUGUUCCAGCUUUGUUAUACCCAGUUAUUCGGCAAGUAUUCAAAGGCUUUAGAAAUUAUUGGCGGGGGGGUGGGGGGUGGGGUGGAUGGUUGCCCUUCUUCAGUAUAUUUACUCUUGUAAGCAUGAGCAUUAAAAAAUCCCAACAAUGUCUUUCAGGAGUGGAAUCAAAGUGGUCAUUAUCGUUUGGACUACCCCUUGUAAGUAAUCUUUUACUUAUUUUAGUUUUACAUCAACCAUACUGACAGUUACAGUAGAUAGCUCUAUCAGUUCUAAACUGUUCUCCCUGGAGGUCCAGUAAGGAUCAUCUCUUAUUGAUCCAGUGUUACUACAGAAGGAAACCUAAACUAAACUAACUUUAUUUAUACUGGAUAGCUCUAUCAGUUCUAAAUUGUUCUUCCUAAAGGUCCAGUAAGUAUCAUGAUCUCUUAUUGAUCCAGUGUUACUACAGGCGGAAACCUAAACUAAACUUUAUUUAUACUGGAUAGCUCUAUCAGUUCUACUAGAAAACUGUUCUCCCUCAGCUAGAGAUUCACUAAGAAACCGAUGUUACUGGACUAUUAUAAUAUAUAUUGGAUAUAUGUAAGACCCUGCAUGAAAUCUGUCUGCUUUGAUUUCUGUCUGUCUGUCAUAAACUUACAAUGAUGUUUAUCGUAUUGUUUGUCAAUCUGUCUGAGGUCCUCAUUUCAUAUUUUAUAGAUAGACGUACCAAGCGAAUGUCGCACGUACCUAGCAGAUCUGGGCAUACCAAAAGGAAUUUACAGUGCGGUGAACAUCAACUAUACUUCGCCUUUUGGAGAUAAAUUUGUAAUUGCCUUGAACCAUUGAAAGGUUUGUAACGAGAUUUGUACAGUUGUGUGAAAUAGAGUUGUGUGACUUUGUACAAAUCGUAUCGAUUGUUUUAAUUCCGUUAUUCCACAAGACGCGCAAACAUUCCAACCGUCCCGUUUUACCCGGGACUGUCCCGGUUUGGACUAUGUUGUCCCGAU